UGUGUUCUUGUCUAAUGAUCUGAAUAUCGGCAAAAAUCGAUGGAUCCAUCUACAUUCUAUUCUGAGAGUGGGUUGCAUGGGCCCGUCCCACCUGCGUGCGAGAGUAGGUUGUGUCGCCCGUCUAAGUUGCGUGCCAGAGGUUGUUGCGUGCGCUCAUCCAUGUGGCAUCCCAAAGACGUCCCUGUGCAGAAGCAUAUUGGAUUGGAUUUCUUUGCUUUUCUCUCGUAGAGUUCUAUAUUGGGUUAUAAUGCCUCCAUCAGCCCUUGAUCGCCUCGCAUCUUUACAAAUUGAUUAUCCAAUGUUGUUUGAACUUCGAAAUGAUGCUGUUGAGCGAGUCUCUCAUUGCGGGGUUUUGGAGUUUGUUGCAGAGGAAGGCAUGAUUUACAUGCCUUAUUGGGUAGGUCCAUAUUUCUCUUGCAUGAUAUGUAUCCCCGGUGUUAUUAGCUCUUAAUACUUUAAGAAUGUUUGCUUUUUUGUAUGAUUUGUCAGUGUCAAAUUUUGUUUGUUUCUUGGUAUGUCACUCCGUGGGAAAGAAAAUCAAGUGGGAUGCGGUGAUGCCAUAAUAUUUUUCACCUACUUUCAUUUUUUUUUUUGGUCGAGAAAAGAUACAGGGGAGACCUUUGACCUGAGUGGGCUCCUAUACCCUUCUUUGAGUAGUUUGUUUAUCUUAGUGUUGCCCUCUCGAAUCAGGUUCGCAGUUUGCUGGGCGCUUUUCUUGCUUUUUAUUAAGCCGCCCUAUUUCUUUCGUUAUUUUUGCUGUUUUAAUGUUUGGGGUAGAUAUAUGAUUUGGCCGUUGUGUAAAAUUUUGUUGGUUUGUGUAUUCACCAACUAUUUGUCAUUUUAUUUUAUUUUUGCACCUUUUUGAAUGUUUCUAAAAUGGAUGUUAGGGAUCACAAAUUGUUUUACGAUUGGCUUUAUCUUUAUUAUUGUUUUUUACCCACUGAUUUUCGAAAUUCUUGUUUUUCCAAGAUAUUUUUUACUCUUCGAUUGGGUAGUUAUCGUUUUCCUUUUUUCUAUGGUAUGUUAUGGGUUGUGAAUGGUUAUUUUCCUAUUACGUUCAAUUUAAUUAUUCUUUCUAUGUAAUUUGGGUGAUUUGUAUUGAAUUAUAUGACUAGUUUCCAUUUUAUUUUCUUCUAUCUUGUUUAUAUUCUUUUAAAAUGGUUGGAUCCUCUGGGUAAUUCUAUUCUAGCCUAUUUUUUGGUUUUUUCCCCCUAAAUUUGUUCUUAUUUUCUCUUAUGUGAAGUUUUGAGGAAUUGUUAUUUUUUUCUUCUACUUUAGAAUGUUUGCCUUUUUGUAUGAUUUGUCAGUGUCAAAUUUUGAUUUUUUUCUUGGUACCGCUGGAAAGAAAAUCAAAGUGGGAUUGCGGUGAUGUCAAAAUGUUCUUCACCUACUUUCAUUUUUUCUUGUCGAGAAAAGAUAUAGGAGAGACCCUUGACUUGAGUGGACUCCCAUACUCUUUGACCUGAGUGGACUCCCAUACUCUUCUUUGAUUAGUUUGUUUAUCUUGGUGUUGCCCUCUUGAGUCAGGUUCGCAAUUUGCUGGCGCUUUUCUUGCUUUUUAUGAAGCCACCCUAUUUAUUUCGUUAUUUGUGCUGUUAGGCUGAUUUGGUCGCUGUGUGAAUUUUUGUUUGUUUUCUAUAUUCAACAACUAUUUUUCAUUCUAUUUUUUUGCACCUUUUUGAAUGUUUCUAAAAUGGAUGUUAGGGAUCGCAAAUUGUUGUACGAUUGGAUUUAUCUUUAUUGUUGUUUUUUACCCACUGAUUUUCGAAAUUCUUGUUUUUCCAAGCCAUUUAUCCUAGUGUUUUAUCAGCAUAUCAUCAGCUAUUUCUUUGGAGUUCAAAUAGAAUUUUCUGUUCUCAUUGAUUUGUUAGACUUCGAUUUGGUACUUAUUGUUUUCCUCUUUUUCUAUGGUAUGUUAUGGGCUGUGAAUGGUUAUUUUCCUAUUACGGUCAAUUUAAUUAUUCUUUGUAUGUAAUUUGGGUGAUUUGUAUUGAAUUUUAUGACUAGUUUCCAUUUUAUUUUCUUCUAUCUUGUUUAUAUUCUUUUAAAAUGGUUGGAUGCUAUGGGAGGUCGUAUUCUGUUCUAGCCUCUUUUUUUUGGUUUUUUCCCCCUAAAUUUGUUCUUAUUUUCUCUUAUGUGAAGUUUUGAGGAAUUGUUAUUUUUUUCUUCUACUUUAGAAUGUUUGCUUUUUUGUAUGAUUUGUCAGUGUCAAAUUUUGAUUUUUUUUCUUGGUAUGCCGCUCUACGGGAGAGAAAAUCAAAGACAAUCAAAGUGGGAGUGGGAUGCGGUGAUGUCAUAAUAUUUUUCACCUUCUUUCUUUCUUUCUUUUUUUUUUUCGGGAAAAGAUAUAAGGGAGACUCUUGACCUGAGUGGGCUCCCAUAAUCUUUGAUUAGUUUGUUUAUCUUGGUUUGCCCUCUCGAGUCUGGUUCGCAAUUUGCUGGUGCUUUUCUUGCUUUUUGUGAAGCCGUCCUAUUUCUUUCGUUAUUUUUGCUGUUAGGCUCUUUGGUUUAAUGUUUGGGGUAGAUACAUGAUCUGGCCGUAGUGAAAAUUUUGUUGUUUGUGUAUUCACCAACUAUUUUUCAUUUUAUUUAUUUUUGCAUCUUCUUGAAUGUGUUUCUGAAAUGGAUGUUAGGGAUAGCAAUUUGUUUUACGAUGGGCCUUAUCUUUAUUAUUGAAACCCACUGAUUUUUGAAAUUUUUGUUUUUCCAAGUAAUUUCUAUUUUAGUUGCUUGAUAAUUUUUUUCCUUCUUUACUCCCGUUUUUAUGCUUUUAGGAUCAUGAUAUUAUUUUUCGCUUGAUCUGUACUAUACGUUAUAUUUUUUUUCCUCAUCAGACCUAACAGCUAACUUUACUGGAAUUCUGCGUUGAGCAUCAAUAAUUAAUUACUUACAGAGAGAUUUGGAGCUCUCUGUUGAACCCUUCUUUUCUGAAUAAUUUUAUGUUUGAGAAAAUAAUAUCUUUCUAGUUUUUAGUGUGAUUAUGAUGGGCGUAUGUGUAUGUAUCCAUAUGUGGGUUUUAUGAAUAAGCUUUUGAUGUUUGCAUAUGCUGCAAUAAAUGGAAGUUGCGAUGUUAAAGUUGGGGAUGGGUUUCAUGCUUUGUUGGCAUGUGUUCGUGGGUCCACUUUUAUUAAUUAAAUUUGGAUGUUUUUUUUUUGGUACGUGUUGGGGAGGGGAUUCGACUCACAGCCUCUUGGUUGGAGGUAUAUGUCAAUUAUCGUUGAGUUAUGUUCGCUUUGACCUUAAAUUUGAAUGUUGAAUUGACGUUUCUAAGGAGUUUUGUAAUAUUUUUUAAACCAACUCAAUCUUUUGGUUAUAGAUUUUUAUAACUUUGAAAAUCCUUGUUAAACUAUGAGACCAACCCAUUAAAUUGGGUUGGGGUCGGUUUGGUUUCAUCAGGUUUUAAUUAAAACUUAUUAUCUCAUAAGUGCUAGCUAUGAGGUAACUUUUGAAUAUGAUGUUUAGAAAGCUGUUAUUAGAAAACUUCUAAUAACUAACAAAAUAUAUAAUUUAGGUUUGGGAUAGAAAUAUGAAAAAGCCUGAAGUAUGAUUAUAUAUUAUUGCAGGUUGGAUUGGUUUGUUCAACAUGGUGGAUUCAAGAAUUGAACCAAUUCAAUCGAGUUAGAUAUAAUUGAGUACGAUUGAACUCUGAAUUAGUUUUCAACCCAGUCUAAAAUAUAACGGCUCGAAUUUUCACUCCUAGAUUGUAUCUAUUUGAAAGAAAAAUUUUAAAAAGUUGAUAACUAUUUGAGAAAAAUAUUUUCUUAUAUUCAAUUGAAGAACAUUUUGAAGAA